UUUUCUUAACAGAACAGGCUGCAGAGAAGGUCCUGGAGAGAGUAUCUUUGAAAAAUCUCUGUAAAGGUUACUACAAGGUAACAUUGCUUUACAGAUCUGGACUAUUGAAAAGUGAGAGCUGCUGAAUGACAAUGACCAUCCCCCUGAUCUUAUGAAUAACCUCUUUCUUUGCUUGCACAUGCCUCCGCCCACUGUACAAUCAUGGAGCGUAUGCCCCUCCCCACCCCCCUUGAAAUUCUCCAUUCCCCAUUCUCAUAAACUUCAAAGGGAGAUGUUAAAGGCAUGGACUAUAUGGUCUCUCUGUGUCCUUGCUGAACUAUAUAUAAAUCGUUUCUACAAUUAGAAAACACUCUACCGCAUGAAACAAGAUCACGAGAAUGGGAUUGUCCUUUGAAUUCCGCCGCUGCUAAAUCUUAAUGAAAAACAAAAGGUUGACUGAACAUCACUUGGAAACUAAAGUGAGAUUUCGUUGAGAAUCUAAUCUGUAGGAUGGGAAGAUUUACACCACAGUGUCAGGAUUGCCUGUGGAAUGGUAGCGUGGCUGCACAUGCUGAGUUAAACCACAGGGUGUGAAGUCAAGAGCUUAGGUAUCCACAAACACUGUACUUUUCUAAGGAGAUGGAGACAACCAAAAACAAACAAACAAACAAAAACCCAACUGUACAGAGGCAGUGUUACACAGAGAAGGACAGCGACAGUGGCUUGGUAGAGUUAGCAUACCACAGCUGUGGGGGAGCAGUAAGAAGUCUCUUCUAGCUUUAUCAUAUUUGUCUGUAUUGUGGAAUGGAUGAGAGUAUUCAUUUAUCGUAUAGCCUAAGAAGAGAAAUUGUACCAAAAUAUAAUAAGGGUAGACUAUGGAUCCAUUAAAGUCAUCAAGAAUAAUGAUACCUCAUUCUUUGUGGUUCUAAAAUCUAUGUUUUUCUUAAAGGAAUUUUUUAAGUAUUUAGAAAUGUCUGGUUGAUUUUUGUUUUCAGUCCUUUAAAGGAAUAUCUGUUUUCCUCAUUUUCUGGCUUUUGUACUUGAACAGAGCAGUCAAAUGGAUCUAGGAUAUAUGCUAAGAUGUAUAGGAAGGCUCAGCUGCCAAAAUGCACAGUGCUGCCACAUCUGCAAACUUCCUGGAAGAGUGAUGGGGAUUCGAGUGCUUCGUUUCUCUUUGGUGGCCAUCCUUGUGCUGCUGCUGGUAGCUGGGGCUCUGACCACUUUACUUCCAAAUAUUAAAGAAGACAAGAUGCUCACUCUGCGUAGGGAAAUAAAAUCCCCGGGCAAGUCCACCCUGGAUUCCUUUACUCUGAUAAUGCAGACAUACAACAGAACAGACCUCUUACUGAGACUUCUAAAUCAUUAUCAGGCAGUGCCACACCUGCAUAAAGUGAUCGUGGUGUGGAACAACAUUGGGGAGAAGGGACCGGAUGAGUUAUGGAAUUCUCUAGGGCCUCACCCCGUCCCUGUGAUCUUCAAACCACAGACAACAAACAGGAUGAGAAAUCGACUCCAGGUCUUUCCUGAACUGGAAACCAAUGCUGUGUUAAUGGUAGAUGAUGACACACUAAUUAGUGCCCAAGACCUUGUCUUUGCUUUCUCGGUUUGGCAGCAAUUUCCUGAUCAAAUUGUAGGAUUUGUUCCUAGAAAGCAUGUCUCUACUUCAUCAGGUAUCUACAGUUAUGGAGGUUUUGAACUGCAAACACCGGGGUUUGGAAAUGGUGACCAGUACUCUUUGGUGCUGAUUGGAGCCUCAUUCUUCAAUAGCAAAUACCUUGACCUCUUUCAGAGGCAACCUGCAGCUGUCCAUGCCUUGAUAGAUGAAACCCAAAACUGUGAUGAUAUUGCCAUGAAUUUUAUCAUUGCCAAACACACUGGGAAGACUUCAGGGGUAUUCGUGAAACCUGUAAACAUGGGCAAUCUAGAAAAAGAAACCAACGGGGGCUAUCCUGGAAUGUGGCAUCGAGCUGAGCACUUCCUGCAGAGAUCUUAUUGUAUAAAUAAGCUUGUUGAUAUCUAUGAUAGCAUGCCUUUAAAAUACUCCAACAUUAUGAUUUCUCAGUUUGGUUUUCCAUAUGCCAACCACAAAAGUAAAAUAUGAGAGUAAAACGAACAAAAUCAAACCUCAAAACUGCUUUGUAUUUGAGUAUCUUCUCUGCGCUACAAUUGGUGUGGUUUUUUUGUUUGUUUUUGUUUUUGUUUUUUUAAGCAACAUCAUGAACUUUUAUCUACUACAGAAGUCUCUACAAGGGAGAAAAUGUACAGUGCUUCUAGGACAUAAAAGUCACAUGAACUUCAAAAGCCAAGAAGCUGGUACUCUCUAGAUAGGUCUUCUUGUGAGGAGUUUUCAUCCGCAGAGAGAACUCCUUGGCCAGCGAUUUUAAUGUUUACAUUCUGAGACUUCUAGACUUCUACAAUUUCGUUGACUCAUGGCAUUUGCCUUAAGGACCUAUUGCAAGUUGUCUCCAGGAUCAGAAACUCCAGAGAAGCAUUUCUCAGCUUUUUCAUUAAAGGAUGAUUGUUUUCAUUUGAAGCCUGAGAUGCCUCGUUAGCAAAAGCCUGUGGUGUAGAGAAAAGCCAUGUGAGGCGAGGAUAAUCUCAAUCCCUUAUAAAAACAAGUAGAAAACUCAUGACUACCAUGCUUUCAUUGUGGUCUUUCCAGCACUAACUCGGCCUGGCAUGGUUUCGAUGCAUCAAUCACUGCUUUUAUUUUCAUUGAUAAGUCUGUUGUGACUGGAAGUGUUCAUUUUAGUAGCUGAAGGAUGUCUCAUUGAUCACUUGGUUUUUGUGAACAUUUACUGCAUGGAUCACAGAAAAUUGCAGCCUGUGUUUCUCAUGUGCAACCUAUAUGCAGCAAGGAGUAAAUGUGUUACUAGAUUCAGGUAGUGCAUUUUGGCCCUGAAUCUGACCUUGAGAGUAUACAUUGAUUCUUAUAUUUUACAUAAACCAUGCAUUGUUGUUUAAGAAACUUCUAAAAUAAUCUUCUAAAAGAAUGCUUUAAUUAGGAACUGGCAAAAGUUAAAACCCUUGGUGUCAAGAGAUAUUUGCUGUUAGGGCAUAGUUUACCUCAUGGAUACUGAAGUUACGUGUAUUAUACACAAAGUUAAUUUCUUGUAUUCAGAGCUGCUGCUGCUGCUGCUGCUUUUAAUUUCCCCCCAAAAAAGACUCGAGGCACCAUUCAUCAUGAUGAAAUUUUGAUUACAUGGAUACAGGAAAAAAAUAAGAGAACUGAAUCAUAGCAGAGGAAUUUUAUACAGAGUCUGCAUCAGUAAAUUGUUGAAUUGCUCACUCUGUUGCGUGAAUUAGUAUCUGUGUUCCACACAGUGUCCGUGUUUGGGUCCUUGUUCAUACUAGUAGCAAGGAAUAUUUAAUUAAGCUUCAUCACCUCCUCUUCUUCUUCCCCCUUCUUCUCCCAUAAUGUCAUUAUAUUCUCACAAUUGCAAAGCUGUGAAAACAUUGUUAUAAUCAUGGUUAAUGUUCCAACAAUGAAGUCUUUGUGCAAUCAGUUCAGUACAUGUUGUUUCUUUACCUUGGCAUGUGUAUGUGUCUUAAUGCAGUCAGAUAAAGCCAGUAGAACUCAGAACCUCACUAAAAAUCUAUAAUGUUCAUUAUCUGCUUUGGUCAACCUUGGUAGUGAUUUUUUUGCCUCUUGGGAUUCCACUGGCAGAUAAAUAAAAUCAACUUCUACCGUGAAGAUGUUCUGUUAAUU